ACUCCCAUCCCUAAAAACGUGAAACACGCUCGUUUUGUUUUUAUAGUUGGAUCCACUUGUUGGCUGCAUAAAAUGGCCCUUUUGACUGAGAAGCGUGUUAAGAAGACUCCUGCUCCUGCAGCCGACAGUUCCGCGGGGGAAUCCGACUCCGAGGGCGCUCAGAGUUCCGGCAACGAGGCGGAGGGCAACGCCGGCUGGGCGGACUCCAUCCUGAAAGUGCUGAAGACCACCAAGCCGGAGACCCAGAACAAAACAGUGCUGGCCAGGGCCAAAAACAGCCAGGCGGCUGUGCGAUUCCAGAAAGCCGCGGCCUCCAAGAAGCCGGGAUUCGACUUUGAGAUCGAGAAAACAGAGGUGAAGGACGAGGACGAGGAUGAGAAGCCGGAGGUGUCGGCUUUGGAUGCCACGCUAACCAAACAGCAGCGCAAGAAUGUGCCCCUCCAGCUGCGGGUGAAGCCCAGUUUCCGGGACAUGGAGCGCGAGCGAACGCUGCGCAAAGUGGCCACCCGCGGAGUGGUGCAGUUCUUCAACGCCGUGCGCAUCCAGCAGAAGGAUCUGCAGCAGCAGCUAGAGGAAGCGGGCCCGCUGGACAGCCGGCAGGAUGCCGUGCUCAACAACAUUAACAAGCGCAAGUUCCUGGAUGUCCUGAUGAGUGGCAAGCGCGCCAAAUCCACAGCCGUAGACAACGCGGUAAAAAAAGAGGAACAAGAAACGGAUGACGACGACGAGGAUGAGGGUUCCAGCGGUAAAAAGAAGUCCGAAUGGAACGUGCUGCGCGAAGACUUCAUGACGAACAAGAAGAUCAAGCACUGGGACGAGGAAGACGACGACGAGGAGGGCAACAAUGAUGAGGCCGACGACAGCGACGACGAUGAUGAGGGGGAUGAUUAGCUUUAGUUACCAAAUAAAUGUUAGCUUUUCAAUUAAACUUGUA